UGUUCACCUUUGCAUAAUCAUAAGAACUAAAAAUUUAAGCUGCUUGCACAAUCACAUGUACUCAAAAUUUGUGCUCGCACUUUCACCAUGCAAGAUAAAAGUAAUUCAUUAAUAUCACUUUGCAUUGUCCGUCACAUUGAUAUAGAUUGAAAUUUUGGACUGUACUGCUUUUAAUCAAGAUGGUAAUGGCAUACCCAUCAAGUUCUUCAAACGUUGUAUUCAUCAUGGUUGAUGAUAUGGGAUGGAACGAUGUAUCGUUUCACGGCUCGGACCAAAUAUUAACACCAAAUAUCGAUACUCUGGCAUAUCAUGGUGUUAUACUGCAGCAGUACUAUAGCGAAGCUAUCUGCACUCCAGCUCGUACUGCUUUGCUCACCGGAAAAUAUCCAAUGAGAUUGGGUAUGCAUGGAACUCCAUUAUUUAAUUCCGAAGAUAGGGGAAUACCUCUAACGGAACGUCUUCUUCCUUCGUAUUUGAAAGAGCUUGGUUAUUCCACACAUUUAGUAGGUAAAUGGCAUGUAGGGAUGUCCAGAAAAGAGUAUUAUCCAACGUCAAGAGGAUACGACAGUCACUACGGAAUGAGAGGUGGUUUCAUCGAUUAUUAUACUUACAAUAAAGUUGAAAUGUGGCCCGAUGGUCGCACUCUGUUUGGAUUGGAUCUUUACGACAACGACAUCCCACAAGAUGAGGAAGACCGAUAUAUUGUCGAUGCUUUAACUGAUAGAGCAGUUAAAAUAAUUAAGGGACACAACAGUUCAGUACCUUUAUUUCUUCAUGUAACGCACAACGCGCCUCAUGCUGGUAACACAGGCGGAAGUCUCCAACCACCGUUAUAUACCAAAGUGAAACACAGACAUAUAGCUAAUUCUAAUAGAAGACUUUAUGCAGAGGUUGUUACGCAUAUAGAUCGCAGUGUUGGUCGUAUAGUGCGUGCUCUCGCUGAAAAACAUAUCUUAGAUGACACAAUUAUUAUAUUUGCAUCUGAUAAUGGAUCUCCUACAGUAGGAAUCAAUAACAACUGGGGAGUAAAUUUACCUUUUAGAGGAUUGAAGGAAACUCCUUGGGAAGGAGCUGUAAGAGUACCUGCUUUCGUGUGGCAUUCUUCAUUCAGACCUCGGGUCUGGGAAGGCUUGAUGCAUAUUACCGAUUGGUUACCUACUUUAAUAGCAGCUGCUGGCGGUCGAUUGACAACAGAAAUAGAUGGAAUAAAUCAGUGGGAUUCAAUUAUACAAGAUGGAGACUCUAAACGUACAGAAGUUCUUAUAACUGUUGAAGAUAGUGACACUAAUACAUAUGCAGCUUAUAGAGCAGGCGAUUAUAAAAUAGUUGUGGGCAAUGUUACCGGUUUAAGCAAUGAUUAUUAUGGUGCUGAUCUGAUGAUUAAUAAGGAGAAGACACCAGAAUAUUUUCCAUCGCUGAGAUCUUGUGAGAUUGCUCGGAUAUUUGAGUAUAUGGGAUUAUACUUAGAUAUUGAAGAGGUUAAGGCUUUGCGUUAUGCAGCAACAAUUAAACAAGGAGAGCCAAUACGAGACAGCAGGCCAUGUCUUCCGACUCCCACUCGCGGCUGCCUUUUCAAUGUUCGUCAAGAUCCUAGCGAGAGUCGUGAUCUCUGGCAAAGAGCCAAUACAAUUGCUGUUCUUUUAACAAGCAGGCUUCGUGGUCUAUGGGCAAUGCAAAGAAGAAGAGGGCCAUUGGAUAUACAGAUACAGGCAGAUCCAGCUAAUUUUGAAUAUAGAUGGACUGCGUGGCUUUCAGACUCUGCCAAUAGAUCGAAUGUUUUAUUAACUGAUAGAAAAAGUAGUAUUAGGAAAAAUAUCAAUAGAAAUAAAACAAUAGCUAAUUCUAUUAACUGUGAUGGUACGACAGGCAUAAGAAAUUUUCUAUGUAUUUUAAAAAGUGUAUUCUAAUAUAUAUGUAGUUGUGGCAUAUUAAUUGUUUAUACAUAGAGAUUAAUUUAUUUAAUUAUGUUUAAGAAUUAAUUGUAUCUAUAGUGUUUAAUUAUCUAAAUCACCUAUGUAUGAUAGUCGUUUAAAUAUGUGGUUAUUUACAGAACAUUAACUGUCUUCACAAUUAUAUCAGUCAGAAGAUCUCAUGUAUGUACUAAAGUUAGUUAUUUCACUUGUAUUCACAUGAUUUACUGAAAAUUUAGUACAAUUCGCAUAAUAUAUUGUGUUAUAGCUAUCUCAUAUACAGAGGUACAUGACCGAAUACAAUGAUAAUAAGAUUAUACACUUAUCUCAGAAGCGAAGCGUGUUAAUAAAAUAUGGUAGUAGUAAAUAUUACGUAGUAUUUCUUAUUGUUAUAUUUAUCAAAUAUAACUUCUGUGUCAUUAUCCAAGCGUGACCGGGAUAAACCAUAAGACGCCUAUGUUCUUCAUCCCAAAUAUUACGUGUAGUUUUUCUGUUAAAGACCAAGAUAGUAUUCUUCUCGCUAAUGGUAAUCGCUAAUGGCAUUGCUCAAUCUAGUGCUAACUCAUAUUUUUCGAAGUAUAGUUAAAUGCCAAUCUAAAUAAUGAUUUUUGAGUUAGGAUGUGAUGUAAAUAAUAAACGUACAUACAUUCUUAUUAGAAUAAAGUAAGAAUUUAGUACCUUAUCUUGUUAUCUUAACUAUAGACAGCGGAUAUCAAAAGGCAAUACAAAAAUCUCAAUUUUCGAAAUGAAUAAACAAAUGGGUAUAAUUUAGUUUGUAAAAUAUAUUAUUAAAUUACAUAACUACUGACUACUUUUGUUUUUAAAUGUUAAUUUUCAACUCGAUUAUUAUCCCAUGUAAUGAAGUACAAACCGAAUGAAUUGGUAUUUUUAAUACCAAAUUUGUAUAUCUACACUUAGCAUUGUAAUAAAGUACCCAAUAAAAUAAAUUACAAUUUAUAUUUGCCAAUAUUCCUGAAUGUACCUAGUUUAAUUUUAUACUCCCCUAAAAUUACUGUGUUUAUGACUUAAACCUUGCACAAAAUAAAUAUUGUAAUUUUAUGUUAUUUUAACAUUUACAAAUUCGAUGUAGAGAA